ACCGAAGCUUGCUCCAACCAAAACCCUCAUCAGAUCCAAAUCUCUUGCUUCGCUUCCAAAAUCCCUCGCUAGGGUUCCUACCGAUCCUCGUCAAUGGUGGACGGCGGUGCCCAAGAACCGCGGCGAGAGGUGGAUUUCGUCGACGCUGACCGCUGGAUAGACAUUUUCCAGUUGUCGGCUCGCUGGCGGUCGGGGCCGGAGUGGAACGCGUUCUUGCAGGAGCUUGACAAGGAGCAAGUUCCAUCCCAUCUCAACACCUGCAAUAGCUCGGGGCUCUUCCACGUUGUGUCUCAGGACAAGCUUACGGUGUCGUACGUCGGUAGCCAGCACCACGGGCACGACGUUGGUAUAAUUCAGGCGGAUUGUCCUGUUCCCACUCGCCGGGCGGCGUACUACUUUGAGAUGACGGUCAAGAACUCCGGCGUCAAGGGCCAGACUUCCAUCGGUUUCACGCAUCAGCAGUACAAGAUGCGCCGCCAACCUGGUUGGGAGACUAAUAGCUGUGGAUACCAUGGGGAUGAUGGGAAUCUUUAUCGCGGACAAGGGAAAGGAGAACCAUUUGGUCCACGAUUUGGUACUGGGGAUACAGUAGGCUCUGGAAUCAAUUUUAUAUCGCAAGUCUUCUUUUUCACUAAAAAUGGAGAACUUGUUGGGUCUGUCCCCAAGGAGAUAAGGAGUAACCUAUACCCAACAGUUGCUGUUCAUAGUCAGAAUGAAGAGGUCACUGUGAACUUUGGGAACCAGCCAUUUCGUUUUGACGUUGAGUCUUUUAUAGCAGAAGAGCGGUUUAAACAGCAGCAAAUAAUUGAGAAGUUACCUUUGCCAGCUAAUAUUGGUCAUAAGAUUGUGCGCUCCUAUUUGCUUCAUUAUGGUUAUCAAGAUACGCUAGAUUCAUUUGACAUGGCAAGUGAAAAUACAUUCCCUCCCAUUCCUAUGGCAAAGGAUAAUGCCUUGAAUGAACAAGGGGAUAUAUACGCACUUCAGCAUAGAAAAAUUUUACGUCAGUUCAUCAAGAAUGGGGAAAUUGACUCAGCAUUUCAGAAGCUUAGAGAAUGGUAUCCUCAAGUGUUGAAGGAUGAUAUGUCAGCGAUUUGUUUCUUACUGCAUUCCCAACGUUUCAUCGAAUACAUUCGGGCUAACAAUUUGGAGUGUGCUGUGGCUUAUGCUCGUGCUGAACUGGCUAAAUUUUUUGCUAACGAGUCAUUCUCGCACCUGCUUCAGGAAAUCGUCGCCCUUCUGGCAUAUGGGGACCCAUCUGAUUCUUGUGUAGGAUAUCUCCUUGACGCCGACCAGCGAGAAUUUGUUGCUGAUGCAGUGAAUGCAGUUGUUUUGUCUACCAACCCAGAAAUCGAGGACGCGAAGAGUGUUUUGCAGUCUCGCCUUGAGAAGUUACUGAGGCAGCUAACAGUGUGCAGCUUGCUGAGAAGACAGUUGAGAUCGGAUGAAGGCGAGGUGUUCUAUCUCCACAGAAUUACAGAGUAACAGAUUGGGUGCCCGUGGUUAGAUGCAGUCUUCAACUCUCAGUACUUGUUUGUCCAAGAUGAUAUUGCUUUGCUUUACAGGUGUUAAGUAAAAGUUAAGAAGAUCAUGAGAUAUUAUCAACCACUGUAAAGCUCUCCAUUUACAUCAGGGCCAAUUUGUGUUCCUGGAAAUUUAGACAAUGUGUACUUCACCUCUCACAUUCUUAAAACUGCUGUAAAGUUAAUACCUUUCAAAUUGUGAAUUCAAACAUGUGUCAGCCCCUGCUUAGGAAUGUGAAUAAUUUGUUAUCUCUGUGUUUAA